AUGCCGUGUCUCCGGUGCCAGAAAUCAGGCAAGUCUUGCAUUGACGCCGCGAGCCAACCAGGGAAGAGACACCGCCAAUUCAACAGUCGAAUCCUAGAGAUGGAAUCACGAAUUGAAAUGAUAUUGUCCUCCGCAGAAUUGCAGGAAAGUGCUGGGGAAAACUCCCGGACGACCGUGGAUGCCGCCCCAUCCAGCCCUAUCCGCUCGCCUUCAGAAUGGUCGCACAACACCCAACAACAUGAUCGGAACUCAUCCAUGGGAUCCGUGAUACCGUUCAAUGGCAGUCCAUGGAUGGAAGAUCUUAAGUCUAGCAUACAAUCAUGGCUGGAUGACAACAUCACGGAUCUUGAUGAUCGUACCACUGAAACAAUAUUCAGUCGUUAUUUGACCAACAUGGCAUCCAGAUUCCCGGUCGUCGUUUUUCCGCCAGGCACCACGGCGGCCGACGUCCGAAGUAAUAACCCUGUUCUUUUUCUGGCGAUUCUCGACGUGGCCUCGUCGGGAUUCUGUGCACUUGAAACUCAGAGGAAACUCCGGAAGGUCAUUGUUAAGGCGUAUGUGCAUUGUAUGCUCCGAACCGAACAGUAUACACUCGGAUUGCUCCAGGCCUUGAUUGUCUCGGCCACAUGGUAUCGCACGACUGAGCCCGUCGAGCCUGGGGAACAGAUGGACAUCUACCAGAUUAGUCACACAGCAGCCAAUAUGGCCUUGAUCAUGAGAUUGGGGGAGAGUUUGAGCGCCAAACCUUGGGGUGGCUCCAUGUUUCCCCGGCGGGAGAAGAACAAGGGCCCUGGAAGCGCCUUCCAGGCAGGGUCGCUGCAAGCUCGGCGAGUGUGGCUAGGGUGUCAUUAUAUUUGCUCCAAUACUUCCAUGUCUCUUCGCGCCCCGAACGUUAUGAGAUGGACCCGUCUGAUGGACGAAUGCCUGGGGGUAUUGGAAACAUGCCCGGCAGCUCUUCCGUCGGAUAGGCUUCUUUGCCAGCACAUUCGGCUGCAGCAUAUAACCGAAGAAUUUGCGAUGCAUCUGUCAUCGGAGGAGACUUCUGCCCCGGGGAAAUCACGAGCGAAUCAAAUCCAGGUGACCCAUCGUGCGUUCAAACGACAGCUCAGCGAAUGGCGUAGGAACUUUGCGGAUGGUUGGGACGAUUCUCUCGAGUUUUCGUAUCAUUUCUCAUGCUUGUACAUAAACGAGGUGGCCCACUGCGCAGCGAUGAAUGAUGGUGUUCCCGGUGAAGAUAACACCGAGCGCUCGGCGCCACCUUCACAAAUCGUGGUAAUCGAGUCGCAUGCAAUUGCCGAGUUCAUAGAAACGAUAGACAACAUCUUUCGGGUGUUCACGUCCCUGGACAUGUCGACCAUUCGGGCCCUACCAGCGAUGUACCUGAUCCGCAUAAUCUACACGUUCAUCAUCCUAGUUAAACUACACUUCGCAGCAGCCAAACUACCGCCUCAAGAUGCCAUGCUGCAAGUCGACCGACUCCGGGUCUCUGAGCGCCUCAAUAGCGUCAUCCAAAUGACCGCGGGAUGGGGCUCUCUGUGGCCCGCUACGAAACUGACUACCGUGUUCAUCAGGAUGCGCUCAUGGUUGGAAAGGGGAGACGAGGGCAAUCGCCAGAGGUUGCAGCAGGCCGGUUCGUGGCUCACCGCAUGGGAGCUUAAACCUCCGUCGCCGGGGUCCAAGGACGUGGAUACUAUGGCCUUUCCACUUGAACCACCACCUCUCGGUAUUGGCUUCCCGAUAGCCCCUCCACCUUUCCAGACCAUGGCCCGGGCUACCGAAUCUCGUUUUCCUCGGAAGGCAGGCCCCGAUUUGAUGGCAGACGAGGAUGCUCCGCUUGCGGCAGGCCAACGUCUCGGUGACCUUCUGGAUAUAGAUCAGAUCGACGACGACACUUCGUACAUGGGUAUGGACUGGAGCCAACUCUCACAGAUGGGCCUUGACUUGUACAACUUAGACGCUCCAUUCUCCCCAAUUUCUCCCAGCUUUGAUUCUGACGCAGCCAUGAAGGAGCAUUUCUCCGAUAGAAACAAAUGA